CUGUCGAUUAAUUACCAGACGCAGGUAGAUUAGCCCGAGUAGAUUUAAACAGCGUGGAUUAACUUUACCCGUCCCAGACGUUCUAUGGCUGUGUACACAGACAUAACAGUGGAAAUAGGAUCCAGUAAAUGGCACGGAUCAUCGGGCAGAGCUUUGUGUGUACUUUAACGUAACGUAUCCACUAGAAAUGUGAUUCCCUGGCUCUGAUUGAAAACAUUGUCGUGUCAACACCGAACGUGUGGAGGUUUUACUGUUGACAGAGGGUACGUUAUCAUGUGUAGGUGUGUACUGGAGGUACCACGCUCAGCGCUAAUUAAGAAUCCAUAUUUUUAGUGACAGUCAGCCAGGAUCUUGUUUGGUAGAGAUGUGAUUUGCAGCAAAAUGCCGGGUAAUGCAAUAAGUCCGACGGAUAGUCGGCCUAAAACUUGCCCCACCUACAAUAGGUCAACCGCCCAAUCAAGGGCUACCUCUUCCCGACCAUACUCACGCGGGACGUCACAUGGCGUUUCGCAUGGAACGUCAAAUGACGCCGAGGAGGAAAACGAAGAGUAUCACGUAGAAUUAUUAGAGUAUGAAUGGCCAGAUUUACCUCCCCUUCCUAGGUUAAAAGAUGCCAUUACGCGUCAGAAAGUCAGCAGAGGAAUUAGUUAUCUACUUCCGGUUGACAAGGGAAAGAACUCAAUAAACAAUCGUUACCGGACUGACCUGCGGGCGAUGUUCCAGGAGCCCUAUGCUAAUGACGAUUGCGGAUAUGACGAUAACAAAGUUAAACUCAGUGCUCAAAUUCAUUUUGAUACAAACACAGUAAGCACGAAAUGGUCACAAAGGCAUUUCGAUUCCAUCCCAUUUCAACUCAAUUCUGAGUCGGAAAAAGCAAGAAGAAUGUAUGUGCGCUCGGCUCCUGCACGAGCUGGGAGACAAUCAGGGAUGGACAUGGACAAAAUGCGCACGCGGUCUAGUUUGUUCCUUCCAAUGAAAAAAGAGGAGCAUCCGGAAGCGGCAAAACUCCGUGAAGAAGUCAAGGUCAUUCUUCAAAGUGUUCAAACCGAGGCAGAAUCUGACAGUGAUUCUGUGGAAGGAGAAACCUAUCAAAGACGAAAAAGUGAUAUAUUAAGGCCACGAAGGGGUACAAUAACGUACCGAAACAGUGUUGGGACAGCUGGGAUGCUUCCCAAAAAACCGCGUGUGGUAUUAACUGCAGAAAACUAUAAAACUUACGAGGAUUUGAAGAGAACUAAAACACCAAAAACAACAAUUCCGGAGCCUUUUCAAUCAAAAUUUUUAAGUGUAGAUGAAAAUCAACACAUUUGGGAAUGGUUACACCAUGGUGAAGAAAUGUCGGAUUUCCAAUUUUUCCUUUCUGUAUGUGGAUAAAGAUAGGUGGAAAGUAUGUUUACCUCUGGUAAGACCAAAACUACAGUAUAGUGCUGUCAUUAGUCCACUGUACAGCAAACGGACUGAACCAUGUGCUGCUCAUUUCAAAUUCCUUUGUAUCCCCUAAUCUAAUCUUGCCAAAAAGAGUAAAUGAAAGCUUUUCUAUGUAGGGUAUUAACAACCGAAACAUAACACGCAUGGGAAAUGACAAAAAUAGAAAAAUAAUUGUUUUCGUCAAUAAGAAACAGUCGAUAUUGUCCGGUGGCUUACAUGUGUUGGUCGCUGCUCUAGCCUAGACGACAAAUAUUCAAAUCUUUCUGUAGAUAUAAAAUUCUCCUCAGUAUCGACUGUCAGUCUUUUCCCGCUACACUACACAAACUCUCAUUGCUCGUUAAGGUAUACGUUAGAGAGGUUCUGCUUUUUACUUGGUUUGAGUCAAUGUAAUGAUUUUGACACAGACUACCUAGAGGACGUGAUGGCUAUCGGUUGUAUUUCCUCCAGUGAACUACGAAGUACUCAUCUAACGAGUUGAACAAUAACUGAAUGUCUGAAAGAAAUAACAAAUAAUCUAGUUAUCAAAUUGCCAAUACUCACACAUGUUGAUAAAUUGCGAGAACGAAUCGUCAGUGGCACAUUAUAGAGACUAAUGCCUUAUCAGUGCUAUAUGUCUUAACAGUGACUUUUACCCUUAUGCUCCUUUAAUUAUGUCCUUAUUUUCAUAAUUAGUGUUUAUCUCUGAUCGAUCAUUUUAAUGUGAAAAAUAAGUUUUUUAUGUUAUGCUAGAAUGUUUUUUCAUAUACGUCAUUAAACUAUAAUGCCAUUUUAUAAUGUUACACUGGUAUCACUGUAACUGAAUGAAACACCCUCUAUUAAUAGAUAAAUAAGGAAAAGCUCAACUCAACUAAUUUCAUCGAAUAUUAUGCAUAUUUGCAUUUCUUUGUUUCAUAAUUUGUUGAUAUAUACGAUACAUAAUUUCCGUCAGUAAAAUCUUGUAAAUGUUCAGAACAUACUGAUUACUAAUUCACCAGAAUUACAAUAUGAGUAUUCAAAAUUCCUAUUAUUGUCAUUAUCAGAAAUUUCUAUCACCACUUAUAACUAUGAUGUGCAAACUAUCGAUUUAAAUUAUAUAGAAGUAUAACAUAAUAAAAUAUAAAUUUCGGGUUCUUUCAAAUGAUUGUAUUUAUGGCCUAAUGAAUCUGAAAUGUUUCGAUAACUAAGCACAGUGUACAACACGCCACAUAUGGUAGACAUACAAAUGGUCAUGCGUCUCAAGGUUGCCUGGAUGAUAGCUUUGAAAUUGCACAAACUGUUUCAUUUACGCCUACCCUAUGAUAUGCGCUAUGAUAUCUGCUUACUAUUAAAAUCAAUUGUUCACUCAUGUAUGACACUCUAUUUAUCAUCUAUAGCUAUCAGUUUGACUUCGUGUUAAAUUGUUCGCAUUUCUUUCAGGCUACGGGAUCUUGUCGGAACAAUUUCUGUAUGGAGGGCUUAACCGUCGACGAACUUGUGUUUACUGACCAAACACAGCGACAAUGUCAUAUUUAAAGAGGAAUCCGUUUACUAGAUCGCUGAAAAGCUAAAUUAUAGAUUUCCUUGCAUAUUUAUUAACAAACAAGAUUGUAAAAGAUUCGUGCUUGUUUAUUUCUAAAAUAAGGUGACUUGGAAAUGGCUGAAGAAAAAUAAUUGUGAUAAAGAUGACAACUAUUUAAAAGUUACGUAUACUAUUAACUUUUAUACCGUUGUACUAUUUAGUUAUGGAAUAUGGAUAGACAUUUAUUUAUAUAUUUAUAUAUUAAUUUAUUUAUUUAUUUGCAUAAAUUUAAAAAUAGUUCGUGUGCCAAGAGAGAUACGUUGUUCCAAACAGAUGUAUUGCACCUAGUGGAAACUGUUGAGGAGGUCCAUAUCUUCGUAUCAGGAUUCGGUUAAUUGAUUGGUUUAAAUUAGUACUUUGGAUAUAUUUAUACAAAACAAAACAAAUGUUUGUAUAGUGAAACCUGUCGAAUUCUGCUGGGCCCAAUGCUUUUGAGUAGCAGAGUAGUUUUUCUUGUUUUUAGAUUCCUCUGGUUAACAUAGAAGGCUUGCUCCACACAUGUUCCUGUAUAACUCUUGUUCGAUUUAGGCAGGUUACUCUGUAUAUGUUUUGAAACAUUGAUUAUAUCAUAUAUAAUCUGUACUGAAAUUAUUAAUUUGUGAAAAUACACUUUAUGAAAAUUUACAUUUAUUUUCAAUCUCCCCAUGCUUUAGAUUUGCUGGGCCCAGAUAUUGAGAGAUAGCUUUACUCAUAACUUUCCUCUGUUACACAAUAAAAGCGUUUAAAUUAAAAACUUAACAAAAUUGAAACUUCCCCAUAAAUAAGAUUACAAAAUGCUAUGACAUUGAACAACUUGCACCUGGACCUACAUUUAUUUUCAGACAACGGAAAUAUUCUAAAACAAAUAGUCAGUGGUAUACUGAUAAAAAUAUGAACAUUGCUCUGUAGUUAAUUCGUAAAGAACAAAUUUUGAAUCGUAUGUUUUCCAUAAAUAUGUACCGUUUCAUCGUAUUUUAAUAUGAUUAUUAUGUUGUAUUAUGUAAAUGAUAUCCUCGAAUUUUAUUAUUGUUAAUGAUAACGUGUCCCACUUAAUAUGUAAUGUGUUAUUAUGCAUAAGUAUACCUCUGUAAUAGAUAACUAUUAAAUUGCACAAUUAUGUUUGUAAUUUCACCUACUGAUGCUAGUCCAAUAAAUUAUA